AUGACUAGCCCCCGCGCCCUCGCCCUGGCACUCUGCCUGACGCUGGCCGCCGCCGGCAGCGCCGCCGCGCCUCACCCCAUCUUCUCCUGCGCCGACCUGCCGGCCAAAUGGGGCAGCGACCCCAGCGAGAAGUUCUGGUCCGAGGUUACUCCCGCUUCUCCUCCCCGCUACGCCUCCGACCCAUCGGCCACCCGCCCCCCGGGCUGUUCCAACUGGACUCCGGACGCCUACGGCUGCCAGCAGACCGCCGGCCGGGGCACGAACUAUGCCCUCCAGGUCAACUUCACCUGCACCUCCCCCGAGAGCGAGCUCACGCUGGGCAUGACGGUGGAUGUGAACACCUAUGAGCAGUACAUCAAUGUCGAUGAUCUGGAUGUUGAAUUCCUGGCCGUGAACGGAGAUAUUGUGAUGGGCAACCUGGAUGAGCAUGAGUGGUAUGACGCGAACGACUCGAUCUGGGGUGACGUCCACCACCAUGAUGACCAUGAUGACGAUGAUGAUGAUGACGAUGACUUCAACAACGCAUCCAGCAGCUACUGGCAGAACGUCGGCGCGGGCUUUGCUGCCGCGGGCAAGGCCGCGGGCGAGAAGGCGGCGGCGGCGGGGGAGGCCAUCGGCCAGUCGUUCGAGAACAUGUUUGGCCGCAAGCUCAAGUGA